CUCUUUCUUUACUUCCCUUUUCUUCUCUAUUUUAUAUCAUGCCAAAGACGAGCACUCGCAAUAAGCACCGUGCCGACGGUUCACACACUCGAUCGAAGCAGAAGCUGUUCCAAUGUACUGGCUUUGGCGACUGCAAAAUGGUAUUCACGCGCAGUGAACAUUUAGCCAGACAUGCUCGUAAACAUACAGGAGAAAAACCUUUCAAGUGCGUCGUCGAUGGAUGUGCUCGCAUGUUUAGUCGAUUCGAUAAUAUGAUGCAGCACACGCAAACGCACAAUCAUCAGCGUAACAAAAAGAACCGAGAAAAAUUUACCGAAGACGAGACUAAGUCGCCUCGUCGCAAGCAACAGCAAAGACGAGCCCUACCUCCACCACCCCUUCAAACCACCAUGUUGACUCCACCUCAUUCGCAUCAAAAACUGCCGUCCAUGGACCAAGUGGUCGUGGGUUCUUGGCAUUCACUUCCCGAACUACCUAUUUCGCCUGUAUCGCCGACUUACAAUCAAUGGGCUCACUCGGUCAAUUCUCCGCCAACCAGUCAACACUCACCUGUUUCUUUAGUUCACUCAGCAUCAUCACCUUCCUCUGUGCAAUCCCCCGAUGAACCUUUAUUUCCCUUUCAGCAAGGUGAUCGUCGACUCUCCGUGGCUGAACUUUGCAAUCCUGUGGAAGAACAUCCUAUCCAUAGUGACUCUAUGUUUCUACCAUUGGACGAGCGUAUUUCAUUGACCAAGGACGAGUACGAAGCUCUUGAAGGGCUCACUCAAUUUCAACGAAUAUAAACAAAGAACAACAAAAAAAAAAACGUUUCAUUUCCACCGCCUCAGCUUAUUAUAUCGAACCACGGCUGAACUUCUGUAUAUAGCAAAAAAAAUGGUACACACCUUUAAAAACGCCAACUUGUAAAUUUCACCCCUUUUUUUUCUUUUGUUUGUCGUCUUUGCCCUAACCCGCAGCCAAAUACGCCAGCUAUUCUUUUCUCCUUCUUCGUUCAGUAACAAAAAUUGUAAGAUAUAACAAUAUAAACCAAGACUGAUGCCUAUGUAAAAAAAAAUAAAAAGGCACAGAGAAUAAAAUAAAUAAAAAAUACAAAUCCUCGUGAAAA